UUCAUGUAAAAGUUCGACCAUGUUGAAUUAUAUGUUGUUUGAAAGCUUGUUCGAGACGACAGAAAGGUGCGUGGAACGUGCUGACUGGAAUAAGUCAUUUUAAUUCUUUAUUUCAGGUUGACUUCUGAGUAACUGGCUAAGGACAACUCUGGCUCAUUUACAGUUACUUUGCUGUUAAUUAAUGAGCACUGUCCCCGUCAAAUAAAUAAAUAAAUACUGUGAAAUUAAAUAUAAGCAGUCUGUACAGCCGGUAAAGGUGGAGAUAACUGCUUUAUGUACAAGGUGACUUAAUCAAUAAUAAUACUUCAUCAUAGUUGAUUUAUAUUUGUAUUAAUGAACUGAAUCUGCAAAGUAACUGAAGCUGUAGUAAGCUCUGAGAUGUAGUGGAGUAGAAGUAUAAAGUAGUAUUAAAUAUUGAAGUAAAGUACAAUUACCUCAAAAUUGACCUUGAAUACAGUAGUUUGCAGUGAGAUUUACUAUGAAUAAAGCUCCCUGGUUUGACCGGCAGAUGGCGACGAUACGACACUAAUGCCUGAAACACCAACGUCAUAAAGCAGAUCAAUAACAAUUAAAUAUAAAAAUAACCACGAAAUCUGAAACACAGCGCGCGUGAAGCGUGUGGAAGCUCUUUCUUUCUGCUGCACGAGCGGGACGCAGACCAAAUGUCGCUUUAGAACCGGCGGGAGCCACGUUCACAGGGGCGCGUGUCUUUAUUAUGAGGACUUGUUGAGAAGAUGGUGAAGCUGAAGAUGCCUGCUGGACGCUCAUCAUCAUCAUCAUCAUCAUCAUCAUCAUCGCGUCCUUCCUCCCAAAGCAAAUAAAUGAGUCAACAUGGCCGCGGAGCAGCUCGCCCUGUAGCAGCGGAAUAAAACAACACACGGGUGAAUAAAUAUACAAAUGUGCACGUUGCAUGCGGGAAACGCGGGGCCUGCAUGUUUUUAUUUCACAUUUUACAGGAUUGGUGCUUCAAUCACAGCCCAGCAGAGUUCCCCCCCACAAAAUAAAGCUACAGACUAAAUGGCGUUCAUGUCCCGGUUCUCUCGGUCCCGGAGCAGCUCCAGGUCUCCGAACCGAAAGGACUCCGAGCGCAUCUCCCCGAACCUGAGCGUCUCCGAGCUGGAGAGGCUCCUCUACACGGGCAAGACAGCCUGCAACCACGCAGACGAAGUGUGGCCACGACUCUAUAUUGGAGACCAGGAUAUUGCAUCAGACCGGCGUGAGCUGGCCAAACUCGGCAUCACACACAUCCUCAACUGUGCCCAGAGCAAGUGGCGCGGUGGAGCCGAGUACUACGCCGGGAUGAACGUCACCUAUCACGGCAUCGAGGCUCACGACUCCCCCACCUUCGACAUGAGCGUCAACUUCUAUCCUGCAGCUGAGUUCAUCCACAAAGCUCUCACGAGUGGAGGUAAGGUGCUGGUCCACUGCACGGUGGGAGUGAGCCGCUCAGCCACUCUGGUGCUGGCCUACCUGAUGAUCAGACAAAACCUGACGCUGGUGGAAGCCAUCAAAACAGUGAAGGACCACCGAGGCGUCAUCCCCAACCGAGGUUUCCUCCGCCAGCUCAACGGCCUGGACGGCAUCCUGAGAGAGAGCCGUAAGACGUCGCCGCAGAGCUGAAAACCCCCUCAACACAUACACACACACACACACAACCUGAGGUAUCAGCUAGUCUGGUUACACUGGGGGAGGUAAUGGGACCAAGUGAGGAGCAACCUGUGGGUUCUGACUGGCAGCAGGUGUAGCAGCGUUUGACUGACAUCUGAUGUCAGUAUCUUCAAAUAUCAGUAAGUUAUUUAUUUUUUUAUUUUAUAUUGUUAAUGUUGUUUAAGCCUCUGAAACAACUCUUCAGUGAAGCAUACAUGAAGACUGAAAACUCUUAAGCCCACAAAUGAAGAAUUAACUUUAGUUUUACUGAUCACAAAUUUGCCCCACAGGGAUUUACAAUCUGUACGGGGUAUAGCACGCUCUAUCCCUAAGGCACGGUCACACCAGAAUUAAAAACAACAUUUCGUGGCAAAAUCAAUUAAUUUCAUUGCAAUCACAGGGAUCAGUGGAUUUGCUCACUGGGGCAAACUACAACCAAAUAUAUUAUCAUGACAAAGCUUUUUUAUAUCAUUCGAUAUCGAUAAUUAUCAGGAUAAAUGUGAAAUCAUUAUUUCUUUCAAGUUUAAAGGCUGAUUUUUGCUCCUGAGUGAAAGCUGAAGAAGCCAGAUGGUUAAUUGUGGUUUUAAACUUUUCUUUAUGUUCAGAACAAACGCAACAAUAUAUCGCGAUAAUUAUCGUUUUAUUUCCCAGCCCUACCUUUGACCGUGAGCGAGACUACUCGACGGUGAGACCUUUUGAGGAACAGAAACUAGAGUGUCUUUCACGGUUGUUGCACCAUUUUAUUUAACCUCCCAUGUCGCAUAACUGCAGUUAUGAAGACGGGUAAACUAUGUGACGUUAUUGUCCCGUCAGCGACCAAGCUAACUGCCAAUUGGAAAGAAACAAGCUCGUCCACUCCUUCCACUUUUUAAUCAGACUUCAGACCACUCCACUCAACUUGAUCCUGAUGUUUUAUUGCCACUAAAGCUUUUUGGACAACUCUUAACAGAAUCAGCAGCUGAUGGCUAAUACACUGCAGGAAGCCUUGACAAGUCAUUCAGUCUAAUCUCUGGUGCGUUUUUACUGCAUGUGCCGGAUUACUGAUGAUUCCUCAAAGAUCUUUAAAUGAGCUGAAUUAUUCUGGAAGUAGAUGAAAUCAUCUCACUCGAUAUUUUUUCCCCAAAAAAUCCUACAGUCUGUCGGUAACUUGUACUCUCUUCAUUGAAUGUUUCGGCCCUCAGACCAUCAGCAGGUAGAAUUAGUAAGGGUAUAAACUGGGGCUUGAAACCCCUAAUCUUUGUCUCUUUGGCGGUCUAGUCCAAAAAAUCCUGAUGGAGAAACUCUGAGUUGAUAAAAAUGUUAAAAUGCACAUGCUCAGUUUUUACGGUACUAUGCUCACUACAUAAAACCUCCCCUUCGUUCUUGGUGGAGGUUUUUGAGGGCUGUGUGCAGAUUGUGCGGAAGCCUGCAGACACUACUGAGGGCUGAAAAAGUCCGACAACUCCUCUGCAUUUUCUGGUAUAAAAUAAAAUAAUAAAAUAAUUAUUUUUGUUUAGCAGAAAAAAAACAGUUCUCUUUGUAGUAAAUCAGGUUAUAAACAGGUUCAUUGUUGACACUGGAAAUGGUAGUGUCAGGUCAGGUUUUGCAUACGAAAGCAUGAUAACCAAUUUAAUCAAUUUAUUAUUUGCUGGAUGAUAUAAAUUUAUAGAAAUGAAGAAUAUAACAUUUAUAUUAGUUGUUUUUUAAAGACCUUCUGACUUAAUUGUGUCCUCUAAAAAUCAAACCUACGACCUCAUCAGGUAAAAUGAAUUUUAAAGGGUCUGAUCCACCAAAACAUUAUUAAUAAAGGGAGCACAAGUGAUCGACAGUUUGCAGGAGUUUUUGGUUUAUGAUCUGUUGCAUUUGUCUAAAAGACUUUCUGCAGUGUUAGAACUUAAAAUAAGAUUUUAGGACUCAACAAUAGCCCAAACAGCAUCGCCACAGCCCACUAGUGCCACCAGUACAACCAUGAGAGAUUAUCUGCAGUGUUCUUAUCAGCCAGCCUAAAGAGACCAGGGUCAGGAUUCAAGAGGCCCCGUGCUUGAUUAUGUGUGAGGCCCUGAAAUGACCACACCUGGCCCUGACCACACAUGGGCUCUGCUGUCUUUUGUAAUUAAAAAUUGAGGUUAAACCUGUGAUAUCAGCCCUCAGACAGAAGAAUCUUGCUCAGUGAUUCUUCCCCGUAGUUUAAGUCUUUGCAGGUCUUCCCUCGACUUACGUUUUUUACAUUCAGCAAGUGUCAUUAAGUGCUCUGAACAACUUACACACUAGUUGCAGCCCAGGUCUAAACCAGCACAGUUAUGUAGCCUGAUGAUGACAGUAUUACAGUGUUGUCACAGUCUCUACACAAUUAUCACCUGUGACACGUUUGUUAACAUACAGUGUAUCUUAUAAUAGUAUUUCUGUCGUUGUGUUAAGUCCAAUGUAUUGUUUCAGUCAAAUGUAAUUCAAAUAACCACAGUCCUUUUUUAUUAGAUAUCUUGUGUGUGAUGAUCUGAAAUUAAUCCAGUAGACUACAGACUUAAGCCCAUUUGGACUGGAUUAAUAUUACAGGUGGAGGUGUGGAAAUAUUCGCUGUGCUCUGUUGUAAUUGAACUUGUUCUGUCGUGAAAUUACAGGAUACGCUCUGUCACAGACAUGGACACCGCAAGCAAGUUGCAACACACAUAACGUUACAUACACACACACACAUUAUUAUAUUCAGUGUGAGCUACACUUCCCAAAGAUAUUAUUUAUCAAAAUAUUAUAAAUUGAUAAUAUUUAUCAAUUUAUCGGCAUACUUUUAAUGGUAGCAAUUUGACAAAAUUUAAACAUGUUUAGGCUAAAAUAAAUAGCGCUAUAAAGAGAGCAGCAGUACCUGACAUUACAACAUUACAUCUGAUGAGCUUACGGGGUCUUGCUCUCCUGAUGGCUUGAUUUUUUUCUCCCCAUUCGACCUUAUUUACCGAGAGACAACUUAAUCUUUUGAUCCAGUUUGAAUUGUGCCCUGAAUUACACACAUGUUGUUUGGCAGUUUAAUAGAUAAUUUUGUCCUUCAAGAAAGUCACAGUUUGUCGUAAAACUGUGAAGUAACAUUUAGUUUUGUUUGAAAGCGUUCAAUGAUCUCACGUCUCGCACCAACAUGUUAGCACUGUAAUGCUAAGCUAACGUUCAUUUCUUGGUUUCUUCUAACUCGAUAGCUUAGCUAGGUGCCACGCACAGAUGUUUCUCACAUGAUGUGUUUAAUCCAAUGACUCCCGAUCCUUUCAUAACAUCUACACAUGGAAGCCCUUUGACGUUAGCUUCAGUGACGUUGGCUUCAGUCAUUGAGAGAAACAGUAAUGACAUCACAUACGUGACUUUUGGGUUUGUGGUCUUUGUAGUUACGUAUUUUCACAGUCUUACACUUUAACAGUUUACAGCAAACUGCGACUUUAUUGAUUGGCAAAAGAUCUAUUGUAUUUUAGAUUGACAAACAUGUAAUUCAAGGCACAAGUAAAACGGGAUCAUAACAUUAGUUGUCUCUUGUCGUUAACUAUUGUACAUAUUGUUUCUUAAAUAAGGUCCCAUGGUGGUCCACCAGAAGGGGACGGAAUAAGGCUCUCUAUAUAUUGGUGUUGCCAUUUACAUUUAGGCUGCUCCAUUUAACUCCAUUUUCAAACUGAGCUGAUAAAAAACGGACAAGUGGCUCUUUUUUGCGGGAAAAAUCUCAGUUUACCCACAUACAGUACAUUCUCUGGACGGGAUAUCUAAUCGCUGAUCUCACCUCACCCGAGAGAAAUAAAUCCAGUCCGAAUGCUGCUUUAGAAACAACAUGGUACCCUACUGAGGUUAUUAAACAACUUCCAGUCUGGUGUUUCACGUCAACUUCACAGUCACUGUUAGCUGUCCAGAGUAGUCCUACCAAUGGUUCUAAAAAAAUAUGUAACUAAACAAGCAGUGGGAGACAAUAUCACUAAUGUGCCAUUGCAAAAGCUACCAACUGCCCGGAUGACAGGAGGAUGUACAGUGUUCGGUGCUGAACACGACUCCUGCAAAAUCCGCUGUUUUGUCUUGGUUGAGGCGUAGUUGUCUUCUCAUGCAAGUGAAAAACAUUAAAAGAUCCGAUGCUGAAAUUUAAACCAGCGUUUCAAAUACCCUUGUUUGUGUUAUUAUUACCUCAAGUGUCAUGUCUGAAACAAUUUUUUUUUGUGACAGACUCAGAAAAAUACGUGAGCACCUUUGCUCGGCUCAUAUGUAGAAAAAUGUAAAUAAACAGCUGAUUGGUGAAUUUGUACAGUUUGUGGAGAUGUUAAAGUAGCCUAUGGCUUGAACGUUUUGGAAAUAUGGUCAAUCGUUUUCCUGCCAAGAGUUAAAUGAGAAGAUGCCUUCUUCCACUCUCGUGUCUGCGCCAAGUAGCUAUAGCUGAGCCACGAGGCGAUUAGCUUAGCAUUGCAGAAAGACUGGAAGUAGGUGGAACAGCUAGCUUGAUUUUGUCCAGAAUUCAAAAAUAUGUCUGUCAAUGUCUCUAAAGCUCACUAAUUAGCAUGUUGUUUCAUGUUUGUUUAAUGCAUACUGUACACAAACAAUGUCAUUAAGGUGUUUAUGAAGAUAAACGUGCCCUAACUAUUUCUUGGCAAGUAGUGUUCGCAGACUUUGUUGCCAGAAAUGAGCAGAUGGUAUCAGCUAAAGCUAACUAGCUAAUUAAUGCUAACUCUAUAAGUUGGCUGAACCUUUGUCUGCAGCUGAUUCAUUUUAAAACAAGAAGCCUUUAACGAGAGUCUUAAAUAUGAUUGCUACAAACAUAAUGCUGAAAGACUGAGGCUAAAGCUAACAUGUCUGAAGUAAAAAGAAUUAUGCUUAAAAAAACAUGUUUGGAAAAGCAACACAGAGGUUAGAUUUAUGCUUUAUUGGUUUUCAAACAAUGUGUUUCACUAAUAAACGAGAAAAGGUUUUGAGGACGAGAAGGUAGACAUCUCCAAACCAAAUAAAAAGGCAGACAGAGCUGCUAACGUUACCUCUGAUGUAGCAUCUUGUCUUCCACAUGGUGGGAAAUAAAUAGUAACAGUGUAUUAUUGUCAUUAAUGAGGGGUUUGUAACAUAAACCCACAUUAUUAUGUAGCAAGCUAAUGCUCCUUGGCUUUGGAAGUUGUGAAGUAGCCACAGUAGCCUAAAGGUGCUUCACUAGUUAGCUGUGCAUGCUAACGAUUGCAGCUAAAUCCAAUCCUACCAUUGCUCUAGUGUUUUGGAUUUAAAACAGACACCACUUUUCAAACCCUUUGUAUACUUACUCUUACAGCCCCACAAACACAUUCCUGCUGCGGCCUCGUCGCAGUUUCUUAAGUUUUGUUUGGACAAUCGCUGUUCAGGGGGUGUGGCGAGCCAUCACUUUAGAGGCGUUGUUGGUAGUGUUUUUAUUAAACUUUGUAGAGAGUGAGGCUAGCUUUUCUCCCUGCUUCCAGUCCUUAUGUUGACAUAAGCUAACCGCCCUUCUCACAGACAUGAGAGCUGAUCUUCUCAUCAAACUCUCGCCAAGAAAGUAAAUAUUUCCUAAAUGUCGAGCUAUUCCUUUCGAGAGGGUUUUGAUUUUUGCCUUGGAAAACCAGGCAGAGCAGCAAACAAUCUGGACAUGACUAUUGUGAGGGACAAUUUGUUAGCUUCAUAACAUCAUAGCUGGCUACUUGGGGACCAUUAGAUUACCCGAGGGGCCACAUCAGACCACUAAAUCCCUAUCGCAUGAAAGAUAUUUUAAUGAAAUGCUCAAUAUUUUGAAUUGCCAUAUUUUAUAUAACAUUUGGAUUAAACCGUGAAGGCAUGAAGUUACUCCCAAAGUCCAGAAUUAACCCCUAAAAACUCCUCUCUCCGUACAUUUUGUGUCAGGAAAUCAGAGACUUCCUUUGCUGCGACUCUCUGUUAAAUACUAUGAUGUCCUGUUGCAGCAGAAUCUGCCUUUUCUUCAGAAGCGUUCCUCAAACCACUCAGUUAAAACGCAGACAAAACACUGAAAUAGGGAACUAUCCAUGGAUAUUUUCUGGACGGGGUCUCUCUAACCAUUACGAUCUUUAACCUUUUGCUAUAGUGGAUCUGUAUGUUUUGUAUUUGUGGUUUUACUGUGCUGUGAUUGCUCGUUGGUCUCAAUUCCUGUUUAUAUUCUCGUAUUAUCUUCUUACAGAGACCUUUCUAUAGGAAAUUCUUUUGAAUUUAUUUUUGUAUCACUCUCUUUGAGGUGAAUUGAAGGAGAAACUGGCAAAGGAGAUGUUGAUGCCUUAAUAUGUGUAUUUCAAGUUGGUUUUUAGACAUUUCUUUCUGUUUUUAUUGUGAAUAACACUGAGCAUUGAAAGCUUUGUUUUGAUAAAGUCUGUACUUAAUCAGAAAUUAAAACUUCUCAGAGCUUAAA